AUGGUUGCUGUGACGCUCCGCUCCAUACUCCGUCGUAAUAGCCUUCUGCCCUUGUUCGAAACCUGUCGCCUUCGAGAUCUCCUCUUCUUCUCCUCCUCUGUCGACAUUGCUUUCGUCGUAUGCGGCACCACAUCUCCUGAUCCCCACUUCGUGAUGGAAUACCUCGUGAACUCCUGCGGAUUCUCCCCCUCCGAGGUAGCCAAGUUCUCUAAACCCAUUACUUACCUCCGAUCCACCGAAAAACCCGACGUCGUCCUUAACUUCAUGAGAUCUCAGGGCUUCAAUGGUGCCGGUAUCAGGAAGCUGAUAUCUUGGAAAGCCAGUUACCUAUGCAUGAAUGUGGAGAAGAACUCGGCCCCGAAGUUUCUUUUCUUACUCGAUUUGGGCCUAUUGGAGUCGGAUAUCAUCGAUGUCAUCUUGAAGCUCCAUGUCAUCCUCCUCCUCAACGUUCACCAUUCCUUCGUUACCAAAUUAGAGAUGUGGGAAAGUCUCUUGGGAUCGAGAGAGCUCGUUCUCAAGCAUCUCAAGAAGACAGGAUGGUUUUUCUUCUUCAGCUUUGAGAAGACAUUGCAUCCUAACCUAAAGUUCUUGAGGGGUGAGUGUGGCAUUCCUGAAAAAAGGGCCUCUCUCGUCUUGAGAAGUCACCCACAAUUAAUCUCACAGAAAACAGAGUCACUACGAGCUUUGGUGGCGAGAGCCGAUGACUUGGGGAUGCCACGGCUAUCUCGGAUGUUUGUGCGGACACUUGAUGUUCUCCAAAUGGUCAGUAAAGAAAUGUUCGAGGCCAAGGUCGAGCUCAUGAGGAGCUUCGGGUGGUCGGAGUCAAAGUUUUCUUCUGCAGUCAGGAAAGCACCCACAUUCUUAGGCAUGUCCCUCGAUAUGAUGCGCAGAAAAAUGGUAUUUUUCUAUCCAAAACCAAGCAUCGGUUAA